CGGGCCCCUGUUUCGCAGGUUUCGUGUUUCCGAGAUGGUACCGGUGUCCUCGAGCGCUGGGAUGGGGAGCAGCAAGGCGCUUGCUUUCCAGGCAGUGCUCGAGGCGAUCGAGGCGGUGAAGAUCCGGAGAGGCUGCAAGGAGUGGCUCUUCCGAGUGGCGGUCGAGACGGCGAGCCGCGAGGCCAUCUCGGCCCAGCCCGCGGCUUCGGACGCUGGCUGUCCUGCCUGCGGGGUCCUCGCCACGUUCGAGGGGGUGCUGGACGAAGCUGGUCAGUCCCUCGGCCUGGAGCGGAAGGCCACGGGCGAGGACGUCAGGAAGCUCCUCGUGCAGGCUGGCCAGAAGUCUUUGGCCAAGGAGUGGGUCGACUUCCGUGCAGGGCGCCGCGCCUGUGGACACCCGUCCUCAGGGGUCGCGGAGCGGGUCAUCAGGGCGAUCAGCACCCUGGACAAGUCUGGAGUCGACCUCAAGGAGAUGGGGCCCAAGGAGGAGGAGUUCGUGCAGGACGGUGAGGAGAUGAUUUUGGAGUGUGGCGUCACCGAGGCGUCAACGGAAAGCGGGUCGGACAUGGUGUCACAGAGCUUGGAGAACUUCGACAUGAAUGUUGAGGUUGUGGAUUCCGCCUCCACUGUCAAGCUAGGCGAGCUGGAGCACUCGCCCGUCCAGGCCCGCUCGGUUGUGAAGGAAAAGAAGAAGAAGGUCAAGAAGAAGUUCCCGCCUGACUCCUGCGCCGACGUCCUCCCCACCUUGGCCUCGGUGGAUAUCAAGACGCGGUCGGUUCCUGCUGGCCUGGACUCGUUCGACAUCUCGGACCCGCUGAUGCUGGUCCCUGUGUGCGAGAUGCCACCUUCCACGCCAGUGGACUACGCGUCGUUCGACAUCUCGGACACGCAGAUCAAGGGCUCGAACAAUUGUGACAGAGACGUUCAGGUCCUGGAGAACACUCGUUCCUACACGGGGGCGAACGACUCCCAGAAGCCUGGGGAGGUGCUGAAGGACGCUGAGGGGCAGGUCGUGAAGCUGGACGCGAUAGAGCCUGGUCGUCCGCAGAGCCUCGUGGCUGCAAUCCUCGCUCAGUAUGGCGGCAACCUCUCCCAGGAGCAGAUGACGAAGUAUGUCAGCGAGGCCUUCCUUCAUCAAGCCAGGCUCGGCAAGGUUGGCACUCGCUGAUCACCACGGCUGCGACCUCAAGGAGGCCGAUGUGCAGCGGUGGGAGUACAACCGAUGAGCCUGCGGCCAGUCGGUGCGGGGUCCGCGGGUAGUCGUGCUGCUGUGGACCCCUUCGCCCCUUGGGGGCGGCGCGUGGUGCGAAGAUUACUGCGCGUCCCGUGGGGGCUGUCCUGGCGCCGUGGGGCGCCGCUAGCACUGUUUGGUGGCCCCUGGAUGCGAAGGCUCGUGCUCCUUCGGCGUCCUGGGCUCCCGAUCGGAUCGUCCUGUGUCGCGGGCCUGCGCUCGGCUGCGCUCCUGGACGUCUGCGCGCGGGCCCUCCGGCCCACAAGUCCACAG